CUCUAUCCACUUUCCUCGAACCCCGACCCCUUCUCUCUCUUCCUAAGAACGUUUCCACGAUCUAUCCACAAUGACAUGUUGGCAAAAGCUACCACCAGAGAUCCGGUGGGAGAUCUUCGAGAUCGUCUCACAGGAUUACAAUCACAACUCCGAACCUCUCGCCCGCGCAGGCUACGAAAGGGUAUGUAGAGAGUGGCACGCCUUUUUCGGGGAGAGAAAUUUCCGGGAACUUGUCCUCGACCAGAAUAGUCUCUUUGGCCUUGACAGAAUGGCCGAUGGAAAGUAUAGAUGGAGGCGUGAUUACCUUCGACGUCUGGUGCUUCGCGUCAGGCCUGAGGGGUACCACUGCGUUGCUGGCGAGUUGCGGGAGGAUAGAACCAAUAUCAGAGAAGACGGGGAACUCUUGAACAGAGCCCUGUGGAAUCUAUUGGCAAUUGUCUCGACUUGGAAAAGAACAGAGCAUGGCGACCGAGGGCUGAUCUUGGAGAUUGGUCCCGACUCGCCCAGUGACUCGAGGCAUGCUUUUGGCAACUAUCAGUAUCUGCAAACGGAAGAUAGAGGUAGGCAAUUCAGGACGUACGAGCCAGAAGCACUCGCUUGGGACUUUCACAGAGGGCAUCAAGGCUUUCCAGAAGCCAGGGCUGUCACCGGCCUGGUCAUCCGUCGGCAUUGCUACCGGAACAUCGACCCCCAUUUACUCUCAACUCUCCUCAGAGGGAGUUUCACCUGCCUGAAGUGGUUCCGUCACGAAGUGUGGCAUGGUGUUCACCCACCCCUGCAGCCACUGUUUGAGAAAGACCACCAAUGGUUGAUCUCGGGGGACUUGCCAAGCACGCGGCGACAGCUUCGCCUACUUGAAGACUUAAACGGUCUUCAACAGAGACAACCCAUGAGACCAGCGAGGUCAACCUGGAGUGAAGCUCUGUCGAGGUCCAGCCGUCACAUCGAGCUGUUAUCCGCUUGUUUCCUUGCUGAGGCCGAAUCCUUCUUCUCAAAAGUCGCGCACGUGGAACUUGAUAGCGGCGAGCUUGACGAGCCUGGCUGGCAGAAUCUUCGGACGAUGGUCCUGACCGCCCGAUUGGCGAACCCAGGGGAGCCGUUGUCGGAGAUUGACGAGCUGCUUGUGAACGCAAUGAUUACGGCUUGCUUCAUGCCCAAACUAGAAACUAUGGAAAUAUGGAAUGCCAGCCAGGGACAAGCCUGUCUCUUUCGAUACAGCACCAAGGGCGAACAUCCUCAAAUUGCUUGGAGAACUACACGGGAUGUAAACUUCGAGCUACAGCCUUGUUUGAUUAUUCUGGCGAGCGAGCGAGCGCAGGGAAACGCGCAACGCCCUCCUGCUGUUGUGCAGGAACGCUUACUCGGGGAAGAUGGCAUGGCGGAGACUUAUAGCUUUGUUCCUUCCUAGUUAGAACUACGGACAUCAGUCCUUCAACCCGUGUCGGAUUACCAGGUGUGAUGGGAGUGGAAGAAGCGUUGACUGGGCUAGGUGGGAAGGAGAAAUAUCCCCUUUUGCGGUGGUUAGCAGGCAGUGAUGUUGCUGUCGACGACUAAUCACUGGUGCUGAGCCGCCUGAAACAUGGCUGUUUAAAGUUCGCGAUCUAUAAUUUGAAUUGUUCGUUGGAACCACUGGUCACCGCAUCAAACGUGUACG